AUGUACAUCCAGACAGCCACGCUGACCGUCUCCCUCAGCCUGAGCGCCUGCGUCUCUCUGGGACUGCUCUACAUGCCCAAGGUCUACAUCAUCAUCUUCCACCCGGAGCAGAACGUCCCCAAGCGCAAGCGCAGCUUCAAGGCCAUCGUCACUGUCGCCACCAUGACCAGCAAGCUGUCCCAGCUGGCCUCCGAGCGACCCAACGGAGAGGUGAAGACCGAACUCUGCGAGGGCAUGGACACCAGCAGUGAGUAUAAAGACGUGAUCUGAUCCCCUUCUUAACAUAUUAUACCAGGAGUUCCCAAACUUUUUCACUCAGGCCCGCCUUCCAGCAUUGGUGAACAUCCCGCGCCCCUCCUCACCCCUCCUGCGCCCGCCACGUCUCUUUCUAUGGGCUCAAGCCAUGACACAAACUGUUUCUUGUUGGUGGCACCCGACAAUUUGGUAACCACUGUAUUAUACAACCGCCCCCAUUUAAUUUUUUUACCAAUAAUUGUAUUUUUGUGUAGCCCAUGUUAGUUACAACCACGGCCUUGGCAACAGGCUUUGGAAUUUCUACAUACAGUAAAAUCAACUGCAGUUCCUCAGCUAUAGCUGCAGUAUCUGAAAUAUUGUUGUUGAAAUCAGCUUGUUGAAAUGUUUUGUAUGUUCUCAUCUAAGAUAGUUAAAAAGACACUUGAGAACUGAUUAGGCAAAAUUGUUCAUCACUCAGAUUUAGACUUCAAAGGCCUUUCUGAGCCCGUCAGCAGAAGUUUCAUACAGGCAAGCAUCCGGUUGUUUACUUAUCAUGAUUGUGCUGACUGCACAGGUUGAUCUCUAAAACUUUGUUGCUUUUUGCCUAUUUAUGGACAAUUUCUCCAAUUAAUACAUGAAUACAUCUGGAAAAUUAAACUUAAUUGUGAGUGAUUUAAUAAUCCCACAUGGCCAACUGUACUAGUUUAGGUCGACGGUAGAAAGCCAUGGUAUCCUCAACAUUCUCAUCAAGACUGUUCAGUUACGGGGUAAUGCAUUGAGGGAAGGAUUGCAAACAAUACAUUGAGUACAGAGGGAAUCACUACACUCUAGGAAACUAACAUCUCCAUUCUUUGCCUUUACAGUGCCAUCAUCCAAAACAACAUAUGUCAGCUACACCAAUCAUGCCAUUUGAAGACAGAAGCUCUGAAUAGAGGAUUACUGAGGAAUUCCACAUGCAGACUUGGAUGUGUCAGAUUCAUACAUGACAGGGCCUUCCAACAAGCAUGA